AUGCUGGACUUCACCAUCAGAGGUGAUUUCACGAAGACGUUUAACUGGAAUGUGAAGCAACUGUUUGUAUAUCUUGUUGCCGAGUAUGAGACUCCGGAAAAUGCAAUGAAUCAGGUGGUUCUUUGGGACAAAAUUGUAUUGCGGAGUGAACGAGUUGUGCUCGAUGAACGUCGUCUUCAAAGCAAAUACUAUUUCUUGGAUGACGGCACUCAUUUGCUCAAUCAUCCUAACGUCACUCUUGUUCUCAGAUACAACGUUGUUCCAAACGCCGGUUAUUUGAGGCUAUCACAGGCCGAGGGACAAGCGAUCGUAAGGUUCCCAGCUACCUACACCACAAAGAAGCACUAA